UGUUGGCUUAUUCACACAACCGAACUCAACAAAGAAGAGAAAAACCAUAAUCUGUUUCAUAGCCAGCCAAAGAAAUGAGGAGUGCAACGCUCUUUGCUCUCUUCCUUCUCUCUGCCCUAACCUUCUACCCUCCUUCAAUCACCGCUCAACCUGUCUUUGACGGAAAUGGUAACGUCGUUAAAAAUGGUGGCCGAUUCUAUAUAAAGCCACGCCUUUUUGGAGCCGGCGGUGGUAUUGAACGAGCCAGAACUGGAGACGAAGAAUCCCCUCUCUCUGUUGUUCAAUCUCCAUUCGAGACCGAUCCAGGGCAGCCAUGGAUUAUUCGAUCCAUGCUCCGAACCGCUUUUCUUCCUGAAGGCAGAGUCUCCAUUAGCUACGAAUAUGUUCAACUCGGUAACUCUGUUGAGAGUAAUGAGUGGAUCGCUGUUCCGGGUCAGCCUGAAGGAACCGUCGUUAAAACUGGCUAUCCAAAUUCAGUGUCAGGUUUCUUCAUUAUGACAAGAGCUUCCUCAGACAAUACCUAUAAGUUUUCGUUCUGUUCAAAUGGCGGCACCUGCAGUGAUGUUGGGGUUGUUAAUGAUGAAGCGGGGAACAGGAUUUUGGCCAUCACUCAGGAACCAUUCGAGUUUUUUCUUACGCAACUUCCUUCCGAUGCAUCUAAGUGAAACACUAUCCAUGAAAAGUCGUACACUUUCUCCUUCUGAGAGACGUGUCUACGAUAUGCUUUGGAUGUAAUAAACUACCCCAAUGGUAAAUAAACAAUCCAAAGCUUAUUUAUUUAA